CAGGUUUCAGAGUCAUAAACUAAUAAAUGCCUUUUGGACAGACCUUUUUAAUAUAUUUAUUGUAGUCUGGAGGAACGCAAACAGCAAAUUUAAGCUGUUUUGGAUUAACUAUUAACAUUAUCAUGAUCCCAUAAGGACGUAAGGUUUGUCUGACGCAUACAGCAUCAAACCUGUGAUGAUAAAAAUACUCAUUGAGCUUCUCUGGAUUUAAAAACCUCACAUCUGUAACCUCUAACAGAGAAGCCUGCUUUAACUGUCCACGCUCCUCCUCCUCCUCCUCCUCUGUGCGGCACGGAUCACACCUCAUAGUGAGGCAGCACUGUCCUGUACACGCCGCUCCUCCCGGCGGAGAACCGGGCGGAUGCACCGAUGGAUCGUAUUUCUGUUGACUUUCACAUUAUGUUGUUGUGUGUCACGGUUUGUCUGUCACUACCUGGCCUCUCGCCAUCCCACUGUCUGUCGGAAGGGACUGACUGACUGCUUCAUGUCCGGUGUGUAGAGCAGACCUGCCGGAUUGGUGCAGGCUGUGAAGGCGCUUUUGAAAACCUCCAUCUCUGCCCAGCUGAGUGUCUACUGGUUGAAUUCCAGUUUAAAGCAGUUGACCCGUGUGUCUUGUUAACCAGACUGUAGCAAAAAAUGAAAGGGGAGGAAAAAAGACCUGCUGGCCAGAUUGGUGCACAUGGAGCUGCUCCCGCUGCACUACUAUGACUCUGAGCUCCUGAAGAUUUAAAACAAAAAAACAUCAAAUUUCUUCGUCCUUUUUCAAGCCCACUUGAUUCCUCGAUGGGUUCCCGCAGCCAAGGCUUCUUCCACCACCACCAUCACCAUCACCACCACCGUAGCUCGAUGGUGCCCACUGCAGUGCCGAGGCUGCUGCCUGAGAACGGCAGCCUGCUCGGGGGAAUCGCACAAAUCACCCCGAACCUGUUCCUCAGCAGAGGGAACGUGGCAUCAAACCGCAGCCUGCUGCUGUCCAAAGGCAUCACCUGUGUGGUCAACGCCACCAUCGAGCUCCCCAACUUCAACUGGCCUCACAUGGAGUACGUAAAGGUCCCUCUGGCGGACAUGCCCCACUCCCCCAUCUCCUUGUACUUCGACAGCGUGGCUGAUAAGAUCCACAGCGUUGGACGAAAACGAGGAGCGGUGUUGGUGCACUGCGCAGCAGGCGUGAGCCGCUCAGCCUCUCUGUGCCUGGCGUACCUCAUGAAGUAUCACCGUGUGUCUCUGGCCGAGGCCCACGCCUGGGUCAAAGCCCGCCGCCCCGUCAUCAGGCCAAACGGCGGCUUCUGGCGCCAGCUAAUCGAGUACGAAAGGAAGCUGUUUGGUAGGAACUCUGUUAAGAUGGUGCAGACGCCCUACGGGGUCAUACCUGAUGUUUACGAGAGGGACCGCAGGAGCCUGGCUCCGUACUGGGGCCUGUGAGAGAGGCUUUGCCAACCGUCCACAGUGAGGGAUCGAGGAGGAAACGAAGAUGAGCCCUCUUGCCCUCCUGGACUGCAGGUUCAUGUGUGUCCGGGACAGGCAAAGUGAGACGAGUUUUGAGUGUACAUCUGUGUGAAGCUUAUUUAAUGAAUACUGGUGUGUUUGGACAGAGGGGAGUCGAACCAAACGCUGGUUGUUGAGGGUGCUGCCGCCCUUCAUCCAACCAGCUGCCUCCAUUUAGCCUUUUGAGUGGGAGCAAGGCGACUUCAAGCCCAGAAUCCUUCAGACCAAAGGAUCGAUUUCGGACCACAAUGAUGUCAGACACCUGUACAAGAUGAAACGCUCAGAGUGUGGAAAGUCGGUGCUGUCUAUCUCCUGGUCUGUCUUUCCAGCUCCAGCAGAGGACGAGCGCUCUGUGAAGGCUGAGACUCUGCAGCUCUGACAGCGAUGUGUCCUUUUCCUGACGUGAUGUCAUGUGGUGGUAUUGUGCCAGUUUUGCAGUAGUCUUUAGUGUGAAGGGCAGCAGCAUGCUCUCAAUUUAUGGUAGCAUUUAAGAUAAGUGUACAGGAACAACAAAAAAAUAUCUAGACUAAUUAUUUUACUGGGAUGUGCUGAUAGUGAGCAAAAAACAACAACAACAAAAAAAAAACGAUUAUGGCACACUUGAACAUUUAAAGAUGUUAGUAUAUCUACCUUUUUUAAGGUGAGUGUAAGCUAAAAGUCAAGGUUUAGGGAAAGUUCCUGUGUACCACAGGGUUGACUGUUCCAUCCCGUGACCACACUAUGUUAUUGUAGUGCUAUUUGAUGCUGUAUUUAAAAAAAGAAAAGAAAAGAAAAAAGAAAGAAAUCUGCCACCUCAAGGGAACUGGUAGCUCUAUGAUAGAUGCUUGGAAGAAUAUUUUCUAACCCACUGUUUCUGCCUUGUGUCCAUAUCCGGCUACGGUUACGAUCAAAGAUCAGGAGAGAAAACAACAUUUUAUUUCUCAGAGUGAAUCAGAUUACUUUUGUGGUUUGGUGCUCUUCUAAAGAGCGACGUCACGCAAGCUGAAAGUCUGAUUUCUGCUGUCGUCUGCUGGUUCAAAUUGUAACAUUUUCAAGUACUCUUUAGCAAAGAUAGUUUUAGGGGUGAGAUAAAAAAAUGAAUACUGCAAUAAAUCACAAUACACACAAUUUCAAGUCUUCAAUAUGCAGCGAAUAUCUUAUUUUAGUGGUAUAUUUUCCCCUUAAAGGUGCACUGUGGAGUUUUUUUUUUAGUAAACACUCGCCAAGAACACACUGUGUGCAUCCUUAAAGGUCUAACGUCUACUGAGAUUGACAGCCAAGGAUGUUGCUGCUUGUUUAGGUCCAGUCGUCUUCUUUUUCUUCACCGUUUUUCUGGUGAUGUUUCUUUGCAUAUUACUGCCACCUAUAGAUACAGUGAAACCUUGCCCAUACAUUUGCAUGUGUAAAAACUCCACAGGUUACCUUUUUAAAGCGGCAUUACGUAGAAAUGGUUUCGGGAUUUAUGUCACCAUCAUAAAUAUGGACAGUUAUGUAUUUGUUAUCAUAAUAUUUAUGAUUUUUUUUUAAA